AUGGCCACUGUUCAGAUGGCCAAAGACUGGAAUGCUACCUACCCACAAGUGGGGGACACCGGUGCCGAUGCUCCGGCUGGUUAUAUAACCUUGUGGGCGGAUUUUUUCACCCACGGUAACCUUAGGUUGCCGGUGACGGUGUUUGUGGCGGAGGUAUUGGAGUAUUAUCACCUCCAUAUCUCCCAGCUUAGUCCUUUCGGAAUGUUCCGAAUUCGGAAUUUUGAGUACACAUUCCGUGCCUAUGGCCUGCCUAUUUCAGUGGAGAACUUCCGGCGUUUCUACCAGUUGACGGUGAACACCGGUUUUUUCUCGUUCACUCAAAGGCAUGGGAGUCUGAAGUUGAUGACACCCCCUAAGGGUGUGACAGGCUGGAAGAAGAGGUUCUUCUACGUGAAAGCCUGUGCGGUCUAUGCUAACAUGUCUUUCAGGAACGUCGAUGUUGGAGUUUCCGAUGAAGAUAUUCCUGUUGCUUCCGCAGAGACCGCGGACUGGUUCUCUAGGCUGCGGCCUAUUGAACUCAAGAAGUUGGAUAAUGACCAACUAUGGAUAUUGCGGAUGAUGCUCUCUAGACCGGAUAGGAAGGAAAGACCCGUGUUGCGGGAACAGGGUGGUGCGGAUGCGGUUGGCUUGUGGAGGAUGUUUGAGCCUGAUUUCAAGGGCCAGGUUGAACUGAUCGCGGUUGAGUUGAAGAAAGGUUUCAACCUUGAAAUUCUGAAGAACUUCCGCGUACCAUCAAAAGCGGUGCUGGAAGCCCCGGUUCCGGGAGACGCAAGAGGUGUCCUUGCGGAUUUGGGGAAGUUUGAGAAACGCGUCCCAAAAAGACUGUGGAGAAGAAAACGAAUCCCGAGAUGCGGGGCUGAGGUUCAGGCCCGGGAGGUCGCGGUUACGGACCUUAAUGCCCGCGUAUCUGUUGCGGAGAACCGGGCUGACGCUGCUGUUGAGGCCAAGGAUGCCUUGGGUGAAAACCCUGAACAGCCGAUAGUGGCUGAGGAAGAAGACGAGGAUGAUGAUGUUAAUGUUCCCGGUGGUGGGUUACCGGUGUUAAAGUGGACAAAAGGUAGUUUUAAAACCCUGAUGGCCACUGUUCAGAUGGCCAAAGACUGGAAUGCUACCUACCCACAAGUGGGGGACACCGGUGCCGAUGCUCCGGCUGGUUAUAUAACCUUGUGGGCGGAUUUUUUCACCCACGGUAACCUUAGGUUGCCGGUGACGGUGUUUGUGGCGGAGGUAUUGGAGUAUUAUCACCUCCAUAUCUCCCAGCUUAGUCCUUUCGGAAUGUUCCGAAUUCGGAAUUUUGAGUACACAUUCCGUGCCUAUGGCCUGCCUAUUUCAGUGGAGAACUUCCGGCGUUUCUACCAGUUGACGGUGAACACCGGUUUUUUCUCGUUCACUCAAAGGCAUGGGAGUCUGAAGUUGAUGACACCCCCUAAGGGUGUGACAGGCUGGAAGAAGAGGUUCUUCUACGUGAAAGCCUGUGCGGUCUAUGCUAACAUGUCUUUCAGGAACGUCGAUGUUGGAGUUUCCGAUGAAGAUAUUCCUGUUGCUUCCGCAGAGACCGCGGACUGGUUCUCUAGGCUGCGGCCUAUUGAACUCAAGAAGUUGGAUAAUGACCAACUAUGGAUAUUGCGGAUGAUGCUCUCUAGACCGGAUAGGAAGGAAAGACCCGUGUUGCGGGAACAGGGUGGUGCGGAUGCGGUUGGCUUGUGGAGGAUGUUUGAGCCUGAUUUCAAGGGCCAGGUUGAACUGAUCGCGGUUGAGUUGAAGAAAGGUUUCAACCUUGAAAUUCUGAAGAACUUCCGCGUACCAUCAAAAGCGGUGCUGGAAGCCCCGGUUCCGGGAGACGCAAGAGGUGUCCUUGCGGAUUUGGGGAAGUUUGAGAAACGCGUCCCCAAAAAGACUGUGGAGAAGAAAACGGUAAAAAAGACCGUGCGGGGUCGUGGUAAGGGGAGUGUUGAAAGCUCAGCUGCCCCUUCUUCCGUUUUUGAAGCCGCAGAAUCCCGAGAUGCGGGGUAUUCUUUUGGUGAAAUUCCUGCGUCUCCUCCGCACACCGCUGCCGCGGGUGCGGGUGUUUUGAAGGAGAAGGUCGCGCCUAAGGAGCCUGCGGCCCCUUUUGCUGGGCCAGCUGAGGUUCAGGCCCGGGAGGUCGCGGUUACGGACCUUAAUGCCCGCGUAUCUGUUGCGGAGAACCGGGCUGACGCUGCUGUUGAGGCCAAGGAUGCCUUGGCGGUUAUACUGAUCAGGCAUCCGGGUUCCGGGAUGUAG